AUGCCAUCUGAUCAGAGCACCUGGCUCGUCGCCAUUCCGCAAGACGGGGACGCCGAGGGUGUCUCCCACGAGCUCUCAUCCAAACUCGCGGUCAACUCUAGAAACCAGGCCGCGUCCCUCAGCGCGCUUCCAAUCCCCUCGUUCAAGGCGAGCAACCACUCACUGUUCUGCACACUUGACUCGCUCGUCACGCUCUCAGAGGAAUUGCCGAAGCACGACGCCUUCUUUACGGCUACCGUCGCGAAGACCGUCGACACGCUCCGUAACUUGCUUAACAAUGAUCCUUCUAAGCUCGCGCAACAUGUUCAAGUGAACGAGCAGCCUGUGGAUGCGUACUUGCUUAAAGACUGGAGAUGGAAUGAGGGCCGUUAUGGAGUGCAGCGCGCGUUAACAGACAUGGUCGAUGUGUUGAACAAGGAAAUGACGUCAAUAGACAAUGUCAUGAAGAACAAACUGAACAGCUAUAACCUGGCGAAGGGGUCAUUGGUGCAAAUGCAGCGGAAGAAGACGGGUAACCUGUCCGUUCGUUCUCUGGUGGACAUAGUCCGCAAAGAACAUUUUAUUGGUGAAUCAGAGUACAUGCAAACUGUAUUGCUCGCUAUCCCUAAGAAUCUCGUCAAGGAUUUCAAUAUCAAAUACGAGCGACUAACGAAUAUGGUUGUACCGCGCUCAGCGACACUAAUCGCGUCAGACGAUGAAUACUCGCUUUACUCUAUCGUCGUCUUCAAGAAGGUGCACAGCGACUUCAUACAGAAGUGCCGCGAGAACAAGUAUAUCGUGCGAGAGUUUGAGUAUGCAGACGACCUCCUUGACAAACAACGUGAGGAGCUCGAUGUAGCGGACAUGACUGAGAAGGAGCUAUGGACCGAACUUCUCCAGCUCUCUCGUACCAACUUCUCGGAAGCAUUCCAGUUGCUUGUUCACUUGAAAGUACUCCGUUUGUUCGUCGAGAGCGUGCUACGAUAUGGCCUGCCCGCGUCGUAUACAGGAUUUCUUGUGAAACCCGAACCCAAGGCAACGAAACGAACACUGGCGACUCUUCAAACGCAGUUCGCAUACCUUAACCGACGGGCGAACCCUUCAUCUGCCAACUCAAAAUCAAAGUUGAAGUCUGGAGGCAAUACGGGAGGUGAGGACUUCGUUGGCGAAUACCAGGCACUUUUGGAACAAGAAUACUUUGACUUUGUGCUGUUCGAGGUGCCAUGGAUCGUUUUGUAG